UCCUUGGCAGAAAAGCGACAUCUGCUACAGUGGGACAGUGACAUCGCGUACCGGAAGGGAUCCACAAAAAUCUGGGUACCCAAUUACCCUCCUUUGCGCCAGUUACUACUCGAAGAAUACCACGACGUCCUGUACGCCGGACACUUCGGUAGCAACAAGACGCUCACCGGUAUCGCCAAACACUACUACUGGCCCCAUAUGGCAGACGACGUCCAGAAAUUCGUCACCUCGUGUGAUACAUGUCAGCGGAUGAAGAGCAGCAAGCAGAAAAAGGCGGGACUACUGCAGCCUCUUCCUGUCCCAGAACAACCAUGGCAAGUGGUUAGCCUGGACUUCAUUACCGGGUUACCACCUACCUCCAGCGGUCAUGACGCCAUCCUUGUCGUCAUUGACAAGUUCUCCAAAAUGGGACACUUCAUCCCGACACACACGACGGCACGCACCGAGGAGACAGCACAGCUCUUCGUUCGUCACAUCAUCUCACAGCAUGGCAUCCCAACUACACUCAUCUCCGACCGAGACCCCAAGUUCACUAGCAAGUUCUGGAAGGAACUUAUGUCUCUGCUCGGCACCAAACUCGCCAUGUCAUCCGCAUACCAUCCGCAGACAGACGGACAGACCGAGCGCCUCAACCAAAUUGUUGAGCAACUCCUCCGAGCAGCCUGCAAGGACGACAUCUCCAAAUGGGACUUGCACCUGCCCGUACUCGAGUUUGCUUACAACAAUGCCACACAUGCCGCUACUGGACAGACGCCGUUCUUCCUCUGCUACGGACGCCACCCACUCACACCACAAAAACCGACAGCAUCACCUACAGUCCAACCCGCACAUGAUUUCAUUACAACCAUGCAUCAACUUUGGGAUCGGACCCAUAAGCGCCUCCUUGACAUUCAACAGCAACAGAAGCGCCAGGCCGAUCGCCAUCGCAACGACCACACCAUUUCCGUGGGAGAUCAGGUGCUCCUCGACACCCGCAACCUGGACAUCAGCCAUCUCCCAUCUAAACUUCGACCUCGCUUCUGCGGGCCUUUCCUCGUUGAAGCACAGUGAAGGCCGAGUUACUUAGGAAACAC